AUGAUCAAUGAACUAGAGUGUGAAGUCACUUGGAACAAUCUAAGUUUGUAUACGAAGAAAGGAAAACCUAUCCUUAAAAAUACCAGUGGACAGAUAGGACCUAAAACACUCACCGCAAUAAUUGGGCCAAGUGGAUCUGGAAAGACAACACUUCUCGACACAAUCUCAGGCAGAAUAUUAUCGGAGCUGAAGCUGGUGGGCGAAAUAAAGAUAAAUGGAUACAACAGAAACAUAGAAACCUGGCCAAAGAUAGUGUCGUAUGUCGGGCAAUUCUUCCCUGCAUAUGAAAAACAAACUGUUUGCGAGACUCUAACAUUUGUAGCAUCGAUAAAACUGAGAAAUAGCGGUCUGGCACAACUAAAAGUAGAAGAGCUCAUGUCAUUGCUAGGAUUGGAAGAGUCAAGAGACACAUUAGUAAAAAAUCUGAGCGGGGGCGAGAGAAUUCGAGUGAGCUUGGGAAUCGAAAUGCUAGGAAAUCCGCCUGUGCUUCUGCUUGAUGAGCCUGUUUCAGGUCUCGACUCAUUCAAUGCCUUAAACAUACUUGAAACAGCAAGAAAGAUAGCGGACAUCGGAAAAACAGUGCUGAUAACAAUACACCAGCCAUCUUACAAAAUGACGCAGUACUUUGAUAAAAUAAUCAUCAUGUGUGAGGGAUCGUCGAUCUUUGACGGACCAAUGCAGGAUUGUAUAAAAUUUUUUGAAAACUGCGGAUUUAAGCUACCUGAAAACACCAACCCCACAGACUUCUUUUUGGAUGUGCUAGCAAUGGAUACGAAAAACGAAGCUGCAAAGAGAGAAUCAAUGGAGAGAAUAGGAAAGAUCAGGAGGGGAUGGAAUGAAAUAAAAGUAGAGCCCAAGAUAAGCAUGGUUCAGCCGAUUAGAUGGACAGAAGAGCGCUCCAGUAAAUUUGUAUUCCAAAAGCUAUACAUAAGAGGGAUAACCAGCUAUAUUAGAAAUACCUCGUAUAUUUUUGGUAGGAUAUUUCAGAGAGUCUUUAUAGGUCUUAUAUUUUCAUUAACUUUUCUUCAACUGGGGGUGGAGGGCACCAAUGCAUUUUCAUUUCGUGGAGUCAUUAUCCUUUAUAUUCAAAACGAAUUGUUUGGAACCAGCUCUCCCAUUUUGAAUGUGUUUAAUGAAGAAAAAAAAAUCAUUGACAGGGAAAGGAAGUCCGGGCUGUAUACGGGAUAUGAGGCCUACUGGGCCAAAUUUGCAGUAGAGUUUAGCUAUGCUCUGGUUUUUACCGUUCCUUAUGCCAUUUCUACGUAUUACAUUGUAGGGCUAAUUACUAAUUUUGGCACCUUUGUAAUAUUUUUAUUGAUUCUACUGUCCGUGGAUAUUUUUGCCAUAUCGUUUGGAUUGACCAUCGGGGCUAUAACUUCAACAACAGAGGCAUCCCAGAUCGUCGGUGUUUCGCUGAACGUGUUCUAUCUAAUAUACAGUGGAACUGUAGGCAAUCCGCGGCUUAUUCCGUCCUGGCUCAGGUGGCUGUGCUGGCUAUCGCCCGUCUAUUAUGCGUUCUCAGCGCUAUGCUCCAAUCAAAUUAAUAGCCUCUCAUCAAACAGCAAUAGUCCGAAGAAAAGUGCAUCUGAGUCUACUGGCCAAUUUACGAUUGAGGGUCCUCAAACAUUUGAUUCGUUUGGAUUGAAUAGCCUAUCGAUAACAGCAAAUGUGUUUGUUGUGCUAGGAUAUGCAUUUUUGUACCAAAUUAUCGGAACUAUUGUUCUUCAUUAUAGAACUAGAAACAACCUUAGAGAGUCGCACAGACUCUGUUCAGACAAUGGCAAUGCAGAAACUAUUUAA